UGCCCCUCCAGUCUGUUGAGGCUACACGGGGGAUCUCUGUCUUUGUUUUUAUUUGAUUGCAGAUCCUCGUGUCCAUCGGGUAAGGGCAUCAGCCUCAAGUGCAUCGACUGCGGCAAGAGCACCGUGGUGAACCGCAUCGUGGGCGGCGUGAACUCGGCCCUGGGCCGCUGGCCCUGGCAGGUCAGCCUCCACUUCCAGGGCUCGCACGCCUGUGGCGGAUCCCUGGUGGCUCCGGGGUGGCUGGUGACGGCGGCACACUGCGUGAGCCAGAAGAACUACAACCAGGCGUCCAACUGGGUCGUCUACGCCGGCUUCCUCAACCAGAACCAGAUGGCGUCGGCACAGAAAUCGGCCGUGCAGCUCAUCUACGUGAACAAGAACUAUGACGCUUCCACGCAGGACUUCGACAUCGCCCUCAUGAAGCUCGCCUCGCCCGUCACCUUCACGAGCAACGUGAAGGCGGUGUGCCUCCCCACGGCGGGGACUGACUUCGCCGCUGGGACACUUUGCUGGAUCUCGGGCUGGGGGUUGAUGGUGGAGGAAGGCGACGUGGCCAACACGAUGCAGGAGGCACAGAUCCCGCUCAUCGGCCUCAGCACGUGCAACGCACGCGCCAUGUACGCCGGCAGGCUGACGCAGCGCAUGCAGUGUGCCGGAUACGCCGCGGGGGGCGUGGACGCCUGCCAGGGUGACAGCGGAGGGCCGCUGGUGUGCACCUCCAGAGACGGCCUCUGGAGGCUGACGGGAGCCACCAGCUGGGGUAUUGGCUGUGCCGUCGUCAAUAAGCCGGGGAUCUACUCCAAGAUCCCCGAGUACCUUAGCUGGAUCACCUGGACCAUGGCGUACGACUUGAAGAACUCGUAGAGGAGUUCUCCUCCUCACCACCUCCUCACCACCUCCUCACCACCACCACCCCCUCCAACCCCACCUCCUCCUCCCCAGCUGCCCACCAUGACCCCUCCCCACCACCACAGCCACUGUAAAACGAACCACAACUCGUGAAGUUUACUCGAUGGCUUCUCCACCAAUCACGGACUACGGUUCCAUGCCCUCCACCAAUCACAGACUCCGGUUCCAUGUUCUAAACCAAUCACGGACUACGGUUCCAUGCUUUCCACCAAUCACGGACUCCGGUUCCAUGCUUUCCACCAAUCACGGACUACGGUUCCAUGCCCUCUACCAAUCACAGACUCUGGUUCCAUGCCCUCUACCAAUCACAGACUCCGGUUCUACGCUCUCCACCAAUCACGGACUCUGGUUCUACGUUCUCAACCAAACACGUACUCCGGUUCCAUGCUCUCCACCAAUCACGGACUACGGUUCCAUGCCCUCUACCAAUUAUGGACUAUGGUUCCAUGCCCUCUACCAAUCACGGACUCCGAUUUCACGCUCUCCACCAAUCACAGACUCUGGUUCCAUGUUCUAAACCAAACACGUAUUCCGGUUCCAUGCUUUCCACCAAUCACGGAAUACGGUUCCAUGUUCUCUACCAAUCACGGACUACGGUUCCAUGCCCUCUACCAAUCACGGACUCCGGUUCCACGCUCUCCACCAAUCACGGACUCUGGUUCCACGUUCUCAACCAAACACGUUCUCCAGUUCCAUGCUUUCCACCAAUCACGGACUACGGUUCCAUGCCCUCUACCAAUCACAGACUCCGAUUCCACGCUCUCCACCAAUCACGGACUACGGUUUCACGUUCUCAACCAAUCACGGACUACGGUUCCCCAUGCCCUGUACCAAUCAUUGACUCCGGUUCCACGCUCUCCACCAAUCACGGACUACGGUUCCAUGCCCUCUACCAAUCACGGACUCCGAUUUCACGCUCUCCACCAAUCACAGACUCUGGUUCCAUGUUCUAAACCAAACACGUAUUCCGGUUCCAUGCUUUCCACCAAUCACGGAAUACGGUUCCAUGUUCUCUACCAAUCACGGACUACGGUUCCAUGCCCUCUACCAAUCACGGACUCCGGUUCCACGCUCUCCACCAAUCACGGACUCUGGUUCCACGUUCUCAACCAAACACGUUCUCCAGUUCCAUGCUUUCCACCAAUCACGGACUACGGUUCCAUGCCCUCUACCAAUCACAGACUCCGAUUCCACGCUCUCCACCAAUCACGGACUACGGUUUCACGUUCUCAACCAAUCACGGACUACGGUUCCCCAUGCCCUGUACCAAUCAUUGACUCCGGUUCCACGCUCUCCACCAAUCACGGACUACGGUUCCAUGCCCUCUACCAAUCACGGACUCCGAUUUCACGCUCUCCACCAAUCACAGACUCUGGUUCCAUGUUCUAAACCAAACACGUAUUCCGGUUCCAUGCUUUCCACCAAUCACGGAAUACGGUUCCAUGUUCUCUACCAAUCACGGACUACGGUUCCAUGCCCUCUACCAAUCACGGACUCCGGUUCCACGCUCUCCACCAAUCACGGACUCUGGUUCCACGUUCUCAACCAAACACGUUCUCCAGUUCCAUGCUUUCCACCAAUCACGGACUACGGUUCCAUGCCCUCUACCAAUCACAGACUCCGAUUCCACGCUCUCCACCAAUCACGGACUACGGUUUCACGUUCUCAACCAAUCACGGACUACGGUUCCCCAUGCCCUGUACCAAUCAUUGACUCCGGUUCCACGCUCUCCACCAAUCACGGACUACGGUUCCAUGCCCUCUACCAAUCACGGACUCCGAUUUCACGCUCUCCACCAAUCACAGACUCUGGUUCCAUGUUCUAAACCAAACACGUAUUCCGGUUCCAUGCUUUCCACCAAUCACGGAAUACGGUUCCAUGUUCUCUACCAAUCACGGACUACGGUUCCAUGCCCUCUACCAAUCACGGACUCCGGUUCCACGCUCUCCACCAAUCACGGACUCUGGUUCCACGCUCUCAACCAAACACGUUCUCCAGUUCCAUGCUUUCCACCAAUCACGGACUACGGUUCCAUGCCCUCUACCAAUCACAGACUCCGGUUCCACGCUCUCCACCAAUCACGGACUCCGGUUCCACGCUCUCCACCAAUCACGGACUACGGUUCCAUGCCCUCUACCAAUCACGGACUACGGUUCCAUACUUUCCACCAAUCAUGGACUACGGUUCCAUGCCCUCAACCAAUCACGGACUACGGUUCCAUGCCCUGUACCAAUCAUUGACUCCGGUUCCACGCUCUCCACCAAUCACGGACUCCAGUUCCACGUUCUCAUCCGAACACGUACUCCGAUUCCACGCUCUCCACCAAUCACGGACUCCGGUUCUACGCUCUCCACCAAUCACGGACUCUGGUUCCGCACUCUCCACCAAUCACGGCCUCCGAUUCCACGCUCUCCACCAAUCACGGCCUCCGGUGCCACACCUUCCACGAAUCACACACAUUAUGGUUCCACACCUCUCAACCAAUCACGGCCUCCGAUUCCACGCUCUCCACCAAUCACGGCCUCCGGUUCCAUGUACUCCACAAUCCGGGACGUGGAGCACAAAGGGCCCAAGCAAACGCCCGAUAUUCAACCUCGAAUCCCAAA